UGCACAAUUAACAUAAUCUGUAAACCUUAAAUUACCUCCCUUUGAUAUAGAAACGCCAUUUGCAGCAAACUUGUGUCGUCUGCAACAGAUGCUUUUUUCAAACCGCAAAAUGAAGACAUUUGAACCGUUCAGCGCCGUAUUGAAUAAGACUUCUGGAGUUUUGUUGCGGUGGAGUUUAUGUUUACGAAAUCAGGCGUUAUAGAAGAAACUGAAUACACGCUAUGGAGAUGUCAUUUAUCGACACCAUUAUAUUCCUGUCUAUUUCUGUGAAGAUGUUGACUACUGGCAAAUCUAAAGAUUAUGGUUUUGUAUUGGCCACUUGAUUGUUAUGGUACUGCGUACAGCACAUUACUGGGUACUAUUAAUUGCUGUGGUGGGAUUUGUGCAGAUUUCAUCUAACACAAGGCUCAGGCAUGGAGGAGGAUGCUCCCAUUCCUAGCAAGAGACCAAGGCUAUUUCAAUCCGGACCAGACAUUUUUAAGUGUAUCAUCUGUCAAAAAGAUACAGACCAGUUUACAACGAGUUCAGAAAAUGGAAGAUCGAAAGUAAAAGAAGCAGCAAGUAUCAGAAAUGACUGUGUCAAUGAACGUUUACUUAGACUUGAAUCUGAUUUUUUUGUGUAUCAUAUGUCAAAUAUGUGUUAUAAAGCAUACACCCAUAAGAAAUCUUUAGAUAAAAUAGCCAGUAGCUCUUGUAAAUAUAGUGCCGAUCAAGCCCAGAUAGAAGUAGAUAAACCCAAUAAUGUCUCUUUAUCUGUUCAACAACGUAGAUCUGUUUCAAAACCAAGAAUUACCAUAAAUACUCAUGAUGAAAAUCCCAGUACUAAACCAUGUAUUGUAUGUGCUCAGGUAAAAUUCAAAGGUGAUACUAAGAAAUACAGAAUAUCUGAAUGUGACAGGGCAAGAACAUUUCUAGAAUCAGCAUUGUUUCUUCAAGAUGAAGUAAACACUAGGGUGUGCGACUUGCAAGACGAAUAUUCAGUGUUUGGUGCAGAAUUGUUUUAUCACAGUAACUGCAUGCGUAGAUAUUUGCGACAGUAUGAAUCUGAAAGUUGUAAGAUGCAAAUACUGUGUAAAUCCAGAAAAAGAGAGGCUUUCGCUAAAAUUAUCAAAGACAUUGAUGUAAAAGUGUUUUCAGGUGAGACAUUGGUUAUAAGUGAUCUGAGAGUCAAAGCAAAUGGUUACAUAGCGACAUCUGAUUCACCAUUCACUAACAGAAAAAUCAGACUGCGGCUGAUCAAUCAUUAUGGCCUAUGUCUUAUUUUCUCAGAGGCGAAAGGAUCUGCAUCAACAGUAUUUUACAUGGAAUGUAAGAAACAGAUCUCUGAUCGUACAUGUUCUCAAAAUGAUAAAGAUUGUAUUGACAGUUGUGCCGAGAUAAUACAGACGGAGUUGAAGAAUUGUGAUUUUAAACUAAAUGACAAGUUCUGUGAUGCAGUUGAUUUAAAAGAGUCUUGGGAUAAUACAAAAAUACCGGAAUCGUUGCUAAGGUAUCUUGGUAAUGUUUUUAAUUUUGACUCAACAUUAUAUAACGAAGAACAAGGUGAGAUAACAGAUGGAGAGAAUAAUUCUCUAAACAUAAAUGGUAACGGUAUAACAGUUAAGAAAAAAAUGAAGAUGGAGACUAUUUUCCAAAUCCUUUAUUACAAUAUUCACAACGGAUCCAGAAGAACACCACUUCAUUUAAUGAACUCUCAAGUUAUACAUGACAAAUGCAAGGGUCGCGAAUUGAUAACCAGUAUGAAUCAUUAUGGUUUGUCCGUCUCGUACAAUGAACUGCAAAGAUACCAUGAUGCCAUGGCAGGCUUGAUUAUUGGCAGUUGUAAUGGAAAAGUACCAAUUCCUAGUAUGUUUGAUACCGAGAAUUUCACAAUGGCAGCUUUUGACAACUUCGAUCAUGAGGAAGCAGUACUAAGUGGUAUAGGAGGUAGUCAUGGCACAGUCUCUGUAUUAUUCCAAGAAAAGCCAUCAAUAACCAAGAAGAAGCCAAACAUUUCUGAAACUACUGUUGUACCUGGCAAGACGAUUUUACAAGAUAAUUUGGAAUGUCAGAAAAUUCUAGAGUAUACAAAACCUCUUAAGAAUCCACUUCUCCAAACAACUUAUAGUACCAGCAUGGAAUACCAAGAUGCAGAAUGCUCAAAACAAGAUAUUUUACUUAAAGAUACUGCAUGGUCCCUGGCAAGGCUUGAUAUAUCCAAUAUCGACUCUGGAGUUAUAUCCCCGCUGAAAGACUCACAGCAGAUUCCAUCUUGGAGUGCCUUUAAUUCUCUUACAACGGAUGAAACCAUUGGGGAAAUGAUUGUAGGUUUUCUGCCGGUUCUUCCCUAUCCUGUUACAGAACACAGAACGGUAUAUACUGCUUUAAAGAACUUCCAAUCAAUUCUGUAAAAUCUCAAACAGACAAAACUAGCAAUUGCAUGCGAUGAAGGUGUCUACCACAUUACUAGGGAAAUUACCAUGUCCAGACCAGAUGAGUUUAAAGAUGUGGUGAUUAUGCUUGGAACUUACCAUCUGACGAAAAUCUUCCUUGGGUGUAUUGGGAAGUAUCUUCGCAAUAGCGGCGCAGAAACCAUAUUUGUGGAAAAUGCUGUAUUCGGACCGAAUGUUGUUCAGUCUGUCCUGACAGGUGGAAAUUACGUCCGAUCCGUCAAAGGUUUCAUGCUCUUGGGAGAAGCACUAGAGAGACUACUGUGGGUAGAAUUUUUCAAAACCUCGGGCUGAAAGAAGUACGAUCAAGAUUUGAAAGUUCUGCUGAAACUUCAAGAUGCCGUUGCACUCAAGCAAAGGGACAAAAGUAUAAUGCUGCCUGUGGACUUCAAAAGAAAGGCAACAGAGCUACUUCAAGAUUUUCAAGCGUUUGUGUCACAGAAAUGUAGCCAAAAUGAAACAUUCAAGUACUGGUAUGGUUUUAUCAAGCUUGUACACUUGCUAAGGAAUAUCAUGAGAGCGGACAGAGAAGGAAAUUGGCAUCUGCAUCUGUCGACAGUUAUAGAUAUCAUGCCAUAUUUUGCAGCUUUUGACUGUGUGAAUUAUUUCCGAUGGUGCUCUGUAUAUUUAGAAGAUAUGAAGCAACUACCAGAUACUGCUCCGGAGAUACACAAGUCGUUUUUGAAAGGGAAGUUUGUUGUCAAAAGAACGCCAGGUAAAUUUAAAGCCGUUGCUGCAGAUCUGUGUCUGGAACAAACUAUAAACCGUUCCCAAAAAGCAGUGGAGGGAUAAUAGGCAGUACAAGAAAGAAGAACUACGUGGCCGAAUGGGAAAUAAUCUACCAUGAAAUGAUGGCAGUCGACACACUCCACAGAGAGAAAAGUGGAUCAAAGCCAUUCUACCAUGAACUGACUGUAAACCAUGAAUUUAAAGACUCUGAAACAAGUGCCAGGAAGGCAAAUAUCACAGAUAUGGUAAAGUACAUUCAAUUAUACAAGAAUCCUUUAAUACAGAAUCCGCAGAAGUAACGCUGCACAAUAUCAUAAAUCAACAAAUUAUGACGGAAGAAAUACGAAAGAGUAUCCUUCAAGUUGAAAUCAAAGGACGGGAUCUUUAUCUAGAGUUUCGGAUGGAAAGACUUAUCCAGAAGAACAAGAGUUUGUUUGACACGAUUCACAGGCACAAUAUUAAAACCUUCCAGUCAAUCAAUGACUCUCAGAUAAAGCAAAGUAUGAAGUCCAAACGAAAGUUGAACGAUUCAGCUGCAGGCUAUAGAUUAUUGGACAUUUCUCAAGCAAGAGGGUAUGACACUAAACAACUGUUUCAGUAUGACCUAGUCACCACAAAUUAUUUAUUUGAUGAAGAAGGCUUGAUGACAAAACCUGCUAAAUAUAUGUUGGUGAAUGAAAUUGAAAAGUCGCUGGAGCCUGUUGAAAGAGAAGCAUCGCCCGCGUCAUGGAAAGAAACACAAACUGCAUACAUAGUGGAUGUUAUGGCCAACAUCAGGAAAUUGAGGAUUUCAGGGUUGAGAACAUUCAAUGACCUAUGUACCGCAUUUGCCAGAUGUAUAUCUGCUUUGAGCAGGCCAGCCAAGAGGAUAGACUUUGUAUUUGAUUCAUACAUUGAAGGUUCUAUAAAAGACAACGAGAGAUCCCGGCGGUCAAGAUACAGGCCUAUUGAAGUCAACAUGGUCAAUGAAGACACGCCAUUGCCAGUAAAUAUGGAUACUUUCUGGGCAUCUGGCUCCAAUAAAGUUAAACUACAAAUUCUCUUGAGCAAAUGGAUUAGACAAAAUGCAAACAAUAUAUGGCCUAAUGUAGAACUAGUAUUAAGCAGCACUGUGAUAGACGGAAUAGCAACUGAUUGUAUUGCUGUAAAUAAUGGCAAUGAAAACUGUAUCGAGUCAUUGAAGCUGCGUGUAGAAGAAGCUGACGUUCGCAUUGUGCCCCAUGCAAUCAAUAUCGCAAAUCAUGGCUAUUAAAGAAUUGUGCUGCUUUCCAAUGACACAGACGUGACGGUUUUAGGACUUCAUUUUUGGAGCAGAUUGUCUACAAAUGGCUUAGAAGAGCUGUGGAUAAGGGCUGGAAUAGGAAAUACACUUCGUUAUAUUCCUCUUCAUCUGAUCGCUGAGAAGAACAAGACACUUUGUCAGGUACUACCCGCUGCACACAUUCUAACUGGCUGUGACAAUACUAGCAAAAUAGGGACCAAACUUUCUGCACUAAAGGCGCAUCCAGAAGAGUUUUUGAUGAAUUUUGGUCAGACUUUGAGCGACACUCCCGAAGAUGUACUACUGAAAGCCGAGGAAUACCUGGUUCAAGUAAUUAAGCCAAACAGUCAAUGUACAAAAAUGGAUAGUCUCCGAUAUGAUCUGCAUCAUACAGGAAAAGCAGCAGAUAUACAAAGUCUUCCACCAACAAGUCAUUCA